AGUUGUCAGUUCAUGAAGUGAAAUUUGGAAAUAAAUGGAAAUAUUUAAUAUUUGCUAAUGGAAAAGACAUUAAUACAUCUUUAAACAUUCUGCAUUAUGUCCUCUGAAGCUAUCAACUUGAAACCAAUAUUGAUAAAACAUGGACAAAUAAUGUUAGAAGAUGUGCCUGACCUUAUGCUGUGUAAACCAAGAUUGAUACCCCUCAAAAGUUUUACCUUAGAAAAAUUACAGAAAAUGCAACUCACAGCACAAAAAGCCAGGGAGCAAGUAAAGGAGAAUUCUGAAAAAUAAUACCCAUUUUGAAAAGUUCCAUUUGUAUGAAGACUUGAAGAGAGAAGUAUGACCUAUACACCACUAGUUUCCAAGAUCUUAUUUUCAUUUUUACUAUCAUCUACCAUACUUUACCGGUAUGGAAACUGGUUCAGGCAUCAUAUAUUUGUAACUAUUAUAGUACUGCUAGCAUGGUACUGUAGUUUCUUGAUUAUAUUUGCUCUUCCUCUUGAUGUUACAUCUACUGUCUAUCGACAGUGUAUUGAUGAGAGAGGGAACAAUUCAUCAUUACUAAAUAGUACUUCAUUCACAUCUCCAUGUGAACCACCUUGGAGUAAUCUACCUGAAAGAGUAUUUACAAAUCUUUGGCGUACUGUCUAUUGGAGUACACAGUUUCUGACAUGGCUGGUUAUGCCAAUGAUGCAAUCAUAUAUCAAAGCUGGAGACUUCACUAUUAAAGGAAAAUUAAAAUCAGCACUCAUUGAUAAUGCUAUUUAUUAUGGCUCUUACUUGCUAAUUUGUGGUGUUUUACUUAUUUAUCUUGCACUGAAACCUGGAAUAGAUCUUGAUUGGUCAAAAUUGAAAGCAAUUGCAUCUACUGCAAGCAACACUUGGGGCUUAUUUCUAUUAGUUCUCUUGCUUGGGUAUGCAUUGGUUGAAGUUCCCAGGAGACUUUGGAAUAAGUCAAACCACAGUCUAACUUUGACACAGUCCUAUUUCAAAGCUGCUAAGUUGAGUUCUGAUAAAUGUGAGGCUGAGGAAACUGUGGAUGAUGUCUUGGAGUCUCUUCAAGCAGUUUCUUUAGCUGUCAGAUCUGGCCAUUUGCUGCAUUACCACUUAGAAACAAUUUUGCAAAAAGUUCCAGCAGAGUUGAAAGACAGAAUGAAUCGCAGACAGUUACCUGAAGAUACACCCACAGAUCCCCCUUCUGUCAAGGCUCUUAUCAGAUUACAUAAACAAACCAUCAAAUCACUCCAAGUUUUGCAGAGAACAGAAACCCAAUGGGGUAUUAUAGUUGAGAAAGUGUUUGAACUGGAAGAUACAUUGAAAAAUCAAGUAUCUACAGAAAGAAGGUUCAAGAGGACUUUUGAGAGACAACAUAACUGGUUCACAAGAUACAUUUACACUUCUACUGUUGAAUGGUAUUGGAAAUGUGUAAUCUAUUGUUAUACACAAAAAAUAUUGGCCAUACUAGCUGGGAUAUUUUCAAUUUGUGUUGUAUGGUCUGAAGUUACAUUUUUCAAUGUAUCUCCACCAUUAUCAAUAUUUGCAAUUAUUGUUAAGAAAACAAAAUAUGAUUAUUUUGCAAUAGAGCUACUCUCAACAAUGAUUAUCCUAUAUUUGUGCUACUGUGCUUAUUCUACUGUUCUUAAAAUAAGGGUGUUGAACUUGUACUACUUGGCACCUCAUCAUCAAACCAAUGAAUACAGCCUUAUUUUCUCUGGAAUGAUGUUGAGUAGGCUAACCCCACCUUUAUGCUUAAAUUUUCUGGGUAUAAUCCAUAUGGACAGUCACAUAAUUGAUAGACAAGUUAUGGAGACUUCUUAUACACAAGUGAUGGGGCAUAUGGAUGUUAUUAGCAUUAUAUCACAUGGUUUUAAUAUAUAUUUUCCUAUGGCUAUUCUAGUCUUUUGUUUGGCUACAUAUUUUAGCUUAGGAUCUAGGUUACUGUCUUUGAUAGGUUUCCAUCAGUUUAUUGGGGAUGAUGAAAUGACUACUGAUUUGGUAGAAGAGGGUAGAGAACUGAUAAAGAGAGAAAGACGGAAACGACAAAGAGCUGAAGAAACAUCUACUAGAAAAAGAGAGUACCAAGAUAGAUUUUCUUCAACAGGAAGAUUCAGGCAGCAAAGGAACAGUACAGAUUCAGUUCGUCAAAUGGAUACCUUGGACAACACCCGCUCGGUCCUCAGGGAUUCCCACGGGCUGGAGUCCUAUAGCGGCACGAGGUUCUCCUCGGACGUGGAUACCCGGUUCCCUCCCGAACAAGACGACAUCGAAUCCCGAUUCGGGGCCAGCACGAGAAUCAACGAGCGGUACGACUCCUCCGAUUUGGAACCCAGGUUCUCGGACAGCUAUCAAUUGGACAAUAACUAUAGGAGUAGGGUAGGCGGCGCACCCAGAGGCAUCUUCGAUGACGUUUGAGUUGUGAAGAAGAUGUCUCUGUUCAGGGUGUUUUGAUGUGAUCUAUUUUGAGUCCAAGUAAAGGCCUAGUGAAUUU